AUGAGAGGAGCUGGCCGGAGCGCCGAGAUAGUAAUCCCGAACCCUCUGGGCGUGGAAGGCGCCGUCAUGCUUGCGCUGUUGAAAUCGAAAUCCGUGUCCAGGAGCAACUUCAGACACCGGAGCUCCGUCGCUGCCAGCUUGGUGGAAGGUGCCAAAAUUCUGGAAAUGGAUCGGCAGAAUCGCCGCAACGGUGGACCUCGGGCCAAAGCUCCUUUGUGGUGGGAAUUCUUCGGGUUCAAGUUAAUCCAGGUUUUAGUAGAUCCAGAAGAUCAGUCAAUCUUUGGCGCUGUAUAUGAGCUAAAAUUCUCGUCCCAAUCUGGGAAACCCCCGAAACAAGUAAUUGCAUUUCGGGGAACACUCAUACGACCCGAGAGCUGGUCACAGGAUAUUAAACUCGACCGCUAUAUCGUCCAAAACACCCUCCACAACAGCCACCGCGUCCAUGACGGAUUGCAGGCCGUCCAGGUUGCGGUUUCCAAGGUCGGGGCCAAGGAUGUCUGGUUGGCCGGAUAUUCCUUAGGAUCCGCAAUCGCAUUACUGGUCGGGAGAAACAUGGUACUAAAAAUGGGUCACCAUUUGGAAACCUAUCUGUUCAAUCCCCCGUUCGUGUCUCUGCCGGUACAUAUAAUCAAGAACGAGAAACUCCGGCAUGGGCUUCGUUUGGCCCACACCGUCAUCAAAGCCGGAAUGGCCGUCGCGAUGAGUACUGUCGUCCAGAACAAGAAAAUCGCAGAAGACGAUGAAGCUUUCACUCUACUGUUUCCAUGGAUUCCAUACCUGUUUAUCAACCCGUCUGAUCCCAUUUGCGCUGAAUACCUGGAUUACUUCAAGGACAGAGAGACGACGGUGGCGGCCGGGGCCGGAGAGAUUGGGCGGUUUGCGGCGAGGAACUCAGUAAGGAGCAUGAUUAUGAGUGCAAGUGGGAAGGAUUCCGAGCCGUCACACCUCAUUCCUUCUGCUCAUCUGACGAUAAACUUGAAUCAUUCGCCGGAUUUAAUGGCGGCACACAAGCUCAGCCAGUGGUGGCGGCCGGAUUUGGAGCUUGAUUACAAGCUAUAUCAGUUUAGAUAACAAGUGAUUUUAAUUUUUGGAGUUUAAAC